AUUUUUAUUCCAACUACGAACGAAACCAGUCACAAGUGUUAUAUCCAGCUAGAAGCUAUCCCGAAGAUUAAAUUUAUCAAAAACGCAUAAUUCCCAGGUGGAAAUCUGUUAUCUAAAGCGCAUCAAUUUACAAUCCGUGAUAAAGUAUUCGAUCCAACGAGAUCCCAGUAGGCACAAAUCGUCACCUUCGCCGAAGGAGAAACCGCAUUCGCAAGCAUCAUCAAAGUAAGCAUGGAAGAAAACUCAGGACCCCAAUACGAUUGAUUCUAAACUUCAUUGAUUGGUUUUUAUCUUUGAACAAGGAUAAGGAUACGGAAAAUCCAAACCCAGUACAACUUAUUUCUGAGUCGGUUUUUGGUGGGUGAACCAUUUUUGGUCACUGAAUAUAAAGGAGAGACUUUGCAAGGUGGUGAACUUUGCUUUUGAAAAAAAUUCUGUUUAGUGUGAAUUUGUCGUUAGUGAGAGAAGGAAAUUGUGAAAGAUUAGCGUUUACCUUAAAAUAGCCAAGACUUUGUAAUAUCAUAAGACUUUGUAAAAUUUCUAAGAAACCAGAAGUGAUAACUAGUUAUAGGCGAUAAGUUUCACCAGAGUUUGAAACAGGCCAAAGACAGAGUGAAAUUGCAGUGACGCACCAAGUGAUAAGUCCAAGACAAAGAAAGUGAUAAACUUUAUCAAAUCCAAUCGGAAAAUCUCAGUGAAAUCACCCCGGUAGUGAUUACAAUGCGAGCACAGGCGAAACAGCAUCAAAACAGCAACAUCAUUGUGAUCGUCGUGGACACCCAUAAGCCCAAAAAGAACAACACCGUUCGAAAGUUUAAGUCCAAGUCGAGUUCGAACAAUUUUAUGUGUACUGUCGGCAGUAAUCGUCGCAUUUGUAUGGUGGGUACGAGAACUAUUAUCGGCACGACCAUGAUGAACGGUUUGCAGCAGCGUCGUGAAUUUACCGCCGUCGGCGUCAUCAAUUCAAUGUUGGGGGGCCAAAACUCUCAACUCAUUGAUUGGUGAAGCUUAAGCUUUUAAAAUUUCUAUAAAACUCAACGGAGAACUUAUUUCUCUAUCGAAAUGGCACAGGCAACUGGACUCGAAAGCGAAUCCCGCUCCUGGCGAGAAUCCCUGCCCUGCAACAACGUUGACCGACCAGUUUCAGCAGUACCAGUACCAACUACCAAGCCUCGACCUAGAAGAGCAAUCCCUGUGGCUGGAGGACCCGAACAGCUUCUGCAACUCCAGCUGGAUCAGUCCGAUCUGGAAUCAGCCGCCACUGACGCCGCCAGCCAGUACUUUGACACCCCCCACGACCAGUGGUGCGUUCGGAAGGGUUGGGUCUACACCGACGCAGACGGUCGAGAACAUGUCGCCGUCUCCUCCAACGCCCCUCCCGUGGUCAUCCUGCAGUAUGUUCAUGGUCGCUACGGACCACUGGACGAAUGGCCACAGCAACCCAAUCGAUACAACAGGUGAACAGCAACUCAACACACCGGAGCCGGUAGAUAUCCGUGGAUUUGAAUACGAAGGAAGUGUGGGAGGACUCGAUCCAGCCGACAAUCCAAGAAACGCUAUUAGUAAGAAUCACAUCACAAACAGCAGCAUCACCACGAUGAACGGAGAAGAACGCAGCAACUACAGUGUCAGCAGGCACGGUAACAAGGGGGAACAACCAUUCGAAUUCAAGCUUAUUCCGGCAACGUCGCCGACGUCCCCUUGGGGCACAACAGACUUCAACACUUCCUGGCAGUUCGAGCGCUGCCCCGAAGAAACAGUCCUUAGCCCCGAGAUGAGCUACCUUUCGCCACACCAGAGUCCCUCCGGUGUGGCGUCCCCGGACACCAAUUCGGGGGUCAGCUCAGAAGCAGACGAAUUCGAAACUUGUGUCGAUUUCAACAAGAUCCAACCGAACAUUGAGGUGUUCAGAGUCAGCGAAGCCAACGAGUACAGCACUUCGCUGACCGACGAAAUCGAACAACUUUCGGAGUCAUUCUACUGCAAAGCAGAGGACCUCAUCUCCAUACAAAACCCCACCCUCGACGGAACCGUUGCCGUACCGCCCUUCUUCCUGAAAGUCCUUCAGGAAGAAGAGUCGAAUACUUCUGACGGCACCCCACUAUCCCCGUCCGUCUCGAAUGGUAACGUGUAUGACACACGUCCCCCAAUUGUUACCAAAUUCCUAAGUGAUGCUGACAAGAAUGAUGGAGAUUUUGAACAAGAGAAUGCAGAAGACGACGUAGCAGAAGCUACUGCAAUAACACCGGCAACACUGCAAAGCGUCUCCAACGACGCUCUAGAUUUGAAAACACAAACCCAGCUAGAACAUAACUAUACGAUUAAGCUACCCCUUCUUGAAGCCGGCAACCCCGGUUACAUUGUAACAACAAAUAAUACCCUGGUGAAGGAACCUUCUUUGAAACCAAGAGACCCCACAGUAAUCCUACCGCUAGUGCAGCAACCGCCCAAGCGUACGCAACCAUCUGCCAUCAAACGGCAGCUCUUCCAAACAAAGAUGAAAACCGACAUGGCCACCGGUAACAAACUGAAGCUCAAAAUGCCAACCGCCAGCGCACAACUCGUCGCUCCGGUAGGCAUCCUGAACACUCCGGACCUCACCAACCAAGUCCUCGAACUGGAGGCCGAAGCAGAAAUCCUCAGCGCCGAAGACCAAUUUGAUCUUAUCACGUACCUCUCUUCCGGAACGGAUUACGAUGUCGUGCCUCUCUCCCCGGUCGAGGAGAAGCCCACCGUACCCAAAGAGGAACCGGUCCAGCCUGAGUCGACCAUCUGCCCGGAAGCCCUCAGCCAGCUGCUGGCCAAUCCGGCCAAACGGAAGCUCCCGAUGAUCACCCUGGACAACCUGGAAGAGCUGACGGGGCCCCUGACGCCGAAGAAAUUCCGCAGUGCGACCUCGUCUACAGCGUCGUCCGUAUGUGGAGAUUCCGUCUCGGAGGUGUCGUCCUCCAACAAGAAGCGCCGCGGACGCCCCCCGAAGCAGUCCAGCCUGGUGUCCGAUCGGACCGAGUAUCAGCACCUGAGCGAGGAAGACCAGCGCUACCGUGAACAGCGGGACAAGAACAACGAAGCGUCACGCAAGUCGCGCAUCAACCGACGGGAUCGUGAACUGAAGCUGGAGCACGAGGCGAACGCCCUGAACCAGCAGUACCAGGAGCUGGAAAACGAAGAGCGCACACUGAUACGGGACUGUGCCCGAUGGCGCCGAGCGGUCAUGCGAUUGGCACUGCUGUAAACGCAGGAAACGGUGUCUCUCUUGGUUAGAUUUGUCAAACUAGUAUGAAGUACAAUUUUAUUUCCUAGCCUGUGUAGCAGGAAUGUUAUAAUUUGAUAAAUUAACGUAGUUUAACAUAAAAUCAAAAACUAAAAAAAAGUUCAAAAAAUACAAAACGAGAAAAAAUAAUCAAGCCAUUGGUUCCAGCUGAUAUAAAGCAACAAAGGAAACAUAAAACCUUGCACGGAUAAUAAAUGUAUGAUUCCGUUGA